AUGGACAGUCAUCAUGGAAUUGAGUGGUUGGACGAACCGUUGGAAUCACCGAAGUUUAUGUCAUUAGAUAUCGAUUAUGACCUAGGAGAAUAUGAGAACCAGAAUGUCGUUGAUGGAGACGAGGAACAUCUUGUUACAUUCGAGGAAGAGGCGGAGGACGACCCGAUGAAACUGUUCCGGUUUACUGCUCAUAUUUUGAAAAGGAAUUUCAAAGGGCACAAAAAAGGGCCAGCGGUAGGAAAAAUUAAAGUUAACUGUAACACAGCGGAAGAAGUAUUAGAGCUUUUAUGGAACACUUGCAAAAGUCACAUAAAAAGAGAAGUAAUCUUUGACGCAGCUGUGGGAGGUGGUGAUGAUUCGUAUUCGGCACGUUGGGCAGAAACCGUAAGCCCCACCAUCGCAGAAAUCGAUAAGUUUCUUACGUUCCAGGACAAACAAUCAAAACGAAUUUACAAAUUGUCGCAGCUUAAGGAAAAACCAGAAAGAAUGCAAAAAUACAUGGACAAGGAAGUAAACUUAUUUGUCUAUGUUUACUCCGAGUCAAUCACUUCUGCGAACAUGUACGAUACCCUCCGUGUCCAACUUUUAAACCCAGAGGAAAGAGACAGAUCUGGUGCUGCUUCAAAUCAAGCGGUUUCUGUGCUGGUUACAGAGCUGAAAAAUUUACAUAAAGGAUACUAUAUUUCUCAAGACAUUAAUUGGACAGUAUGGGCUUCAUUUCUUUAUACGAAAGAUGCUUUGGAACGGGACGAAUUAAAACUGCAAGGUCCUCCACAACACCUAAUCCAUCUUUUCAAGACAGUACCUUCUGCAAGUCAGAGAUGCUUAUCAAGUACGCGAAACGACAUAAGGAUCGCGCAAAACGUGAAUGGUGGAUAUAAAGAAGAAUUGGAUACGUUGAUGAAGGAGUUGGAUCAGGUUUGUGCUGCAUUAAGUUCAAUGAAACUUCGUCUAACUGCGCUACGUACAAUGCAAGCUACCAACGAAUCGGUUUUGUAUGACGUGUCUGAAAGCAUGGAAGCACACGAGGACAUCUUCGGAGAAGCGCUGGCCAAACAAGUAACCAACUGCACAGACGUAGACCACUUAUAA